AUGGACGAGGUUGGAGGAGGAACAAUGUUUGAUUUCUCAUCGCCCGGCAGCUGGGUAAACGAUCUGCUGAACGACGACGCCGCCCCGUACUCCGGCGGAGGCACCGGCGGCGUCGACUCGCUGGAGGCCAUCGACCUGUCCACGGCCACCGACAAGGAGGUCAUCGACUUCGUCCGCGCGAACUACGAGCGGUACAAGGAGAAGAACCUCUGCCAGCCGCCGGCCAUCCACGACGACGACAGCCUCCCCCGGCUGGACCCCUGGGAGCUUGACCGCUCGUGGUUCAUCAAUAGCAAGAAGUUCGGCUCCGACGAGAAGACGCGCCGGGGAUACUGGAAGGAAAAGGACAACGAGUUCACCGCGAUCCGCGGCGACCAGUGGCGGCAGCCGGCGCAGCGCAGGCCCGUGUACAUUGGGUUCAAGAGGACCCUAGAGUUCUACAUGAACGACAGCACCAAGACGGAGUGGCUCAUGAACGAGUUCGCCAUGAUCCAUCAAUCCGACGAUGGCCAAUUUUUUCUCAAGGAGGAGGUCGUCAUUAGCGAGGUAUUCAAGAAAGACAAAGAUGCGAACCUGCGCCCUCCGAUGCAUCCGCAGAAUUGUCCCAGGGAAAUGGCCAACGAGAACUGUCCCAGGGAAAUGGCCAACAAGAACUGUCCGAGGGAAAUGGCCAACGAGAACGGUGAGCAAGGUGAUCGUGAGGAUGAGCCGAACAGAGACGACAACACCGCCUCGCCCGGCGACCGGCCGCCGCGCCAUGGCGCCGCGCGGAGCAACCUGCAGGCACCGACGGGGAAGCGCAUGAGGCCCGACGACGAUCCCAGCGGCAGCAUCCGCGUCAGCGAAUCAGAAGUCUGGCAGCAGCUCACCAGGGUGUACGUCGAAGUCCCGAAGGAGGCCGGGUCGUCGAGAAGGAAAGACAGCAAGAAGCUGGUGUACGCAGUGUGCGACCAUUGCGACAGGGUGUUCAGAGCUUCCUCCAAGAACGGCACGUCGAGCCUCAGAAGGCACGCGGAAGGAUGCCAGUGCAGGCACUCGAGCCAGGCGCGGGCGAGGGACAUCGUUCUGCAACCGGGGCCAAGUGGCGGCUACGCUAGAUGAGGGCCAUGUCGUCAUCAGAAGCCGAGGUUGCCAGUGCAGCAGGCACUUUAGCCAAGCACAGGCAGCGUCUACACUAGACUAGGCGUGCACGCUAGAUGAGGGCCAUGUUGUCAUCAGAAGCCGAGGUUGCCAGUGCAGGUGGCACUUUAGCCAAGCACAGGCAGCGUCCGUGCGUUUGGUUGGGCUUUCCAACAUGCUUUUGCAAAGCAAAAGCUAAAGCCAACCAAAGGGCUCAAAAGCCCUAGCUGUUUUUGCCUAAAAGCAGCUUUCACUGCAGUACAAAUGCAAAAUCAUC